AUUCGGAGAUGGGUGAUAGUAAUAAACAAAGCCAUCGGAAAAUUGAGAAGAAUCAAGGCCCCAUUUGGGGACAGAAAAAGAGUUUUCCGGGAACUUGGGCUGAAAGUAGUGAAACCUUAGAGAAGGUUGUAGCUAGGGAUAGCUUUAAAGAAGCUCAUUCUCAAUCACAGGGAACAAGUUAUGGAAGGAAAGGAGCAGGUCCUGCUUGGCCAAAACCCUUGUACCAGCCCAAAACAGUCUCUAAGGAAACGCAGGAGACUAAAAAUUCGGAGCAAGGGGAUGAUCUUGGCGAUUUGGCAAUGGAGGAUGUUUCAGAGAUGGAAGAUAAGGAUAUCAAUGCAGGCAUACAGAUUUCGGAAAGUGCUGAUGACUUACUAGAGGAUGGAGAGUGUCAAGUAGAUGAGGAAACUGACAAUCAAGAAACAACGGAGGAAAUAACUGAUGCUGACGGACAGAUUAUCCCAGAGGGGGAAAAAAUUGGUCCUCAAGAUGAUGUGAGCAAACAAAGAGCUGCGGGUAAGAACAAACCCAAGGAGGGAGCAAAAUCUGGAGGUAUAAAUCGAAUGUCUAAGAAAGGGAUGGUGGCUCUUCCGAAACCACUGGCUCAUACGUGAAGAUAUUGAGCUGGAACUGUCAGGGAGUAGGGGCUGAUCUGACAGAGAAUUACUUAAAGGAUUUAUGGAGAUAGCACAAGCCAGACAUUUUAUUUUUAUCAGAAACUAAAAAAUGUUUUUCUUAUUUACAGAAAUUUCAGUCUCAGUUUGGUUUUAAUAAUUUGUAUUCAGUCGACCCUAGCGGUGCUAGUGGAGGCUUAGCUUUAUUUUACAAUAAUGAAAUAAAGUUAGAGAUUCUUUAUGAAAGCAAUCGGAUUAUUGAUGUUAAAGCA